CUGUGAAAUAACACCUGGUAAACACUUCUUCCCAGCAUGUCUUCUAGCAGCUCAACUUAAUAUUUAGUCUGUCCCUGGCCGGUGAGUGACUUUAUGUCCCUGCAGCAGCCUUUAACCUCCAGCCAACAUGGACACAAACACUUUAAAGCUGCUGGUGAAGCUCACUCAGGAGGGACAGUUGAGCUCUCUGGAGGAACUGUUAACAUUAGGCGGCUCGGCGGCGGUUCAGACUGUCAGCAGCCAACACUUGGGUCGGUCUGGAGACACCCUGCUGCACUACGCCGCCAGACACGGACACCUGGACGUUGUGGAGUAUCUGGUAAAGCGGGUGGGCAUGGAUGUGGAGGUGUACAACAACGACUACAAGAGGCCGCUGCACGAAGCUGCGUCCAUGAGCCACUGGGCUUGUGUGAGCUACCUGCUCCGGGAAGGAGCCGAGGUGGACAGUCUGAAGAAGGCUGACUGGACUCCCCUGAUGAUGGCCUGCACUCGGAGGAACCUCGACGUGAUCCAAGAGCUGCUGUGCCAUGGCGCCGACCCUGCACUGAGAAACAAGGACGGCUGGAACUCCUUCCACAUCGCCUGCAGGGAGGGAGACCCUCUGGUUGUACAGCACCUGCUGGUUGUCGCACCGGACGUCUGGAGGACGGACAGCAAGACGCGCAGGACGCCACUGCAUACUGCAGCAAUGCACGGCUGUGAGGAGGUUGUUAGGAUCUUGCUGGAGAGAUGUGGCUACACCCCAGAUAGCACUGACAGCUGUGGAGUCACUCCCUUCAUGGAUGCCAUCAGGAACGGACACAUUUCUGUAGCCAGGCUGCUGUUAGAGAAGCACCAGGCGUCUCCAACAGCAGCCGACAUAAUCGGGGCUCAUCCGGUGCACCAGGUCGCCGUCACCGGCCAGGAGGAGGCGCUACGGUUCUUGGUGCGUGACCUAAAUGUAGACGUGAACCAGAGGGCGACUGACAUCCAGCUCACUGCCCUGCAUUACACUGCAAAGGAAGGCCACACGUCCACUAUAAAGACACUGUUGGAGUUGGGGGCAGAUCUUCAUGUCCGGGACAAAAGGGGAAGAACUGCUCUUCAUAUGGCCUGCAUCGGGCAGCAUGCAGACGCAGCCAGGACGCUCCUGCAGCUCGGACUCAAGGACUCAGAGGACGCAUCUGGCACAACAGCACGGCAGCUCGCCAAGAAACCAGACGUAGUGCGAGUGUUUGAAUGUGGCUUACCACACCCAUCGUAGUGACUUCAUAGACUGAAGUCGGUUUAGGUUGUGUAGAUCACAAUAAAGCUUUAUUUGUAUUGUUU